UUUUGCCUAACUAAACUUGGACGCACCGGUUCUCUGCCCUUCUCCGUUCAGCGGCCAUUGAGCGGGCUCCAGUCGUGCUCCCUGCCGCCGCAGAUAUGUCCAGUCUACCGCCACUAACACAACUUGCAGGGAACCACGGGACGUUGUUCGAGGGCUAUUUCCAGCCGCUGGACGUGACGAGGAACGGGAGGAUAGACGCAAGCAGUGCCGCGGCUUUCCUGAAGAAAUCUCAACUCGGCGACUCCGUUCUUCACAAGAUAUGGGAUCUUUCCGAUCCAAACGGCAGAGGCUACCUCGACAGACAGGGAUUCUACGCUGCGUUGCGACUUGUGGCGGCAUGUCAGCUGGGCAAGGAGCCUUCCCUGUCACUGAUCACCCUCUCCGACCCUCCCCCUCGGCUGAUGGGCAUCGACUCGACCACCUUCGCCGGCUUUGCCCAGAAGAAAUGGACCAUUGAGCCUGAAGACAAGCUGAGAUAUGACAAAAUGUUUCAGGGUAUGAACCCAGUAGGAGGGAAGCUGUCGGGAGAGAAGGCAAGGCCGGUCAUGAUGGCCUCCAAACUCCCGGUGGACGCUCUCGGGAAGAUCUGGAACCUCUCCGACCUUGACAGAGACGGACAGCUGGACUCUGAGGAGUUUGCCGUGGCAAUGAGACUCAUCCAACUGUGUCAGGCCGGUGAGCUUCUCCCUCCCUCUCUCCCCGCGUCCAUCAUCCCACUCUCCAAGAGAACCGGGGUCGGGGUAGGGACUGGAGUAGCUGGGGUAGGGGUAGGGGUAACUGGAGUAGGGGGGAUGAUGUCUCUGGGGACUGGAAUUCACCCUUCUCCUUCUCCGUCUCCCGUCCCUCCCACCUCUUCCUCCUCUUCCCCUACACUCACCAGAAAACAGGAGUGGGUUGUGACAGCGGAGACUAAGGCAAAGUACGACAAGUAUUUCGAGGGGAUAGACAAGGACAAAGAUGGACUGGUGUCUGGGGACGAGGCCAGGGGGCUGUUCAUGGCCUCAAACCUAUCGUCAAACGUCCUCGCCCACGUCUGGAACCUGUGUGAUUCACAGAAGAGAGGCAGGCUGAAUGUAGAGCAGUUUGCCCUGGCAAUGCACCUCAUUGCAGAGAAGGUCCGCGGGAAGGAGCUCCCCACCGAGCUGGCCCCCAACAUGAUCCCGCCCUCUCUGAGGGGGAAAUCCCCAACGUCAUCGGUUGCCGCUCCGUCUGGCCAGGCUCUCCCUCCCUCCUUCUCCUCUUCCUCUCUCUCCUCCGUUUCCGGGACCCCCUCAGCUACCUCCCUCCUCCCCUCUUCCUCCUCCUCUUCCUCCAUUCCCGUACUCCCCACCAUGACGUCAAGUGCCCCGCCCCUCUCCGUGUCGUCCGCAUUCGGUCCCGUCGCCCCCGUUCCAGCUGGUAGCGUGGAAUCGGGACCUGCUAGUGGGGAGAGUGACACGGGAUUUGGCAGUGAUUUCUCCGCCAUAAAAGAGCUGGACACACUGACCCAUGAGAUCACUGGAGUCAAGAAUGAGAAGGUGAGACUGCAAGAGGACAUAAGACUGAAGCAGGAGCUGAUCAAGACGAGGAAGGGAGAGAUCAAGGGUCUGCAGGAGGAGUCCAGCACCUCCAUGAAGCAGAGGGAGGAACUGGAGAGAGAGAAGGGCCAGUACCUGGCCAAACUGGACCAACUUGACACACAGAGAGCCCAGACAGAGAGCCAGAUAGCCGAGACGAAACAGAAAUGUAGAGAUGAGCAAGAGGAGAUUGAGCGGUUGAAGGUGCAGCUCUCCCAGCAAGAGACCAGCAAGAGGGCCCAGGGUGAGGAGCUGGAGGGACUCAAAGUCCAACUGGAGAACCUGAAGAAAGAGGAGAGAGAUUACAAGCAGAGGGUGAGGAGCCGCAACAGUUGGCUAGUGUUUCAUGGUGUGUUGUGUGUUAGGUGGAGGCAGGGAAGGCAGAGCUUGAGAAGCUUCAAAAAGCUAAUCAGACCAGACAUUCUGAAAUCAAAGAGGCUCGCCACAAGGUAGACAGACUGAAGGAGGAGCACCUUCACCUGAACCAGCAGGUGAACAUGUACAGUGCGGCAGGCUCCACCCCUGGCUCCACCCCCUCCUCGUCCGUCAUCAAUAUCAACGACGUCGGCCAGCUGCCCGUCGAACUACACGUCCCGCACAUCAACGAACCCGAUGCAGUCAGUGCCAUAGCCACCGCUGGGUCUAGUAGUCCGGUGAGCAGUAUCAGUGGCUUCAGUACCAAUUCCCACCUGGAAGAGGCAGGGGAGGAGGGAGGGAUGGGAGGAGGAGGAGGAGGAGGAGGAGGGGGCAAAGAGGACAGAACUCCUCGCAGUGACCCAUUCGCUGGGUCCAGCGGAGGCUCUUCUUCGGCCUCACAGACAAACGACCCUUUUGCAGCUUUUUCUGUGCCAGGCAACGAUCACUUCUCUUUAGCAGGUGAUACUGGAGGCUUCAAGCCAGCCGGUCUUUCUUCAUUUGAUCCAUUCGGAAUGGCAGACGCCUUCAAAUCAAUGGGAGGGGGAGGAGGAGGAGGAGGAGGAGGAGGGGGUGGGUCAAUUGGUGAUGACAUCUUCAAGUCAGAUCCAUUCUCCUCGUCAAACUCUGGCCCUGCUGGUGAUACUAACACUACCACUGAUCCAUUCAGCGGGCAAGACCCUUUCUUCUGACCCAUUUGCCACCUCCUCAGCCAAUAGUAUUGCAGCCGGCACUGCUAGUGGGGGAACGGCAGGCAAAUCAUCUGCUACACCUCCUCUAUGGGGUUCAGGUGCUGGUGCCAAUCUGUUUGGAUCGGACCCUUUCAGUGGUAGUGGUGGUACAUCAGGGGGGGUGGGUGGUGGACCAACAGCUACCACUCCGACCGCCGAUCCGUUUGCCAGCGACCCGUUCAUGGAGGACCCGUUUGGGACGAAGGGGGGUGGGGGAGGGGAGGAGAUGAACCCAUUUGCCUCUGACUCGACUGAUGUGUUUGGCAGCAAGGGUUGGGCCGAUUCAAAAACAUCGUGACAGACUCAAACUGAGAGAAAGUAAUGUCCCCCCCACCACCCAACAACACGCAGUUUGUAAAUUAUUGUGGCUCACACUUUGGCAGCCGUGUAACAUAGACACAGAACCACAUAUCAUUAUGGACGGAGUGCCGAGCCAUCUAGGCCUAACUAAUAUUUUCGUGUGUGUGUGUGUGUUUGUGUGUGUUUCUUUAACGAGCUAUGUGUAUGUUGUGUGUGUCGGUAUGUGUAGGCAUAUGAUCGCUAUGCAUUUAGUCACGUGAUUUGACCAGCCCUGUAUGUAUAUUAUUUAUGUGUGUGUGUGUUUGUGCACUAUUUUGUAGGCUAGGCACUGAUAGAGAUGCAUCAUGACAUGUAGUAAAACUAUCCCAUCUUCAAGUGAGUUUGUCAAAAAUGCACAAAUCAAAACCACAAACUGGUGUAUAUAUGAGAGAUCAAAAUGUGUAUGCAAUCAAUGCGCCAUUGGCUUAAAAAUUCUUGACAGCUAGAUUAUAACAACAUGAAAAAAACUAUAUACACUGCAAAAGUCACUACUUAUUAUAUGAAACACCAAUGAACGCAACACUAAUCAACCAACAAUGUCUCCUGUAAGACAGCAAACACAGCUAGACAUCGUGAUGUAUGUAUAUAAUAAAGCAGAGAGAGCUACAGUAGCUAGCUGUGUGGAGAGUGUUGGUGGAGCCGAGGGGAGGAGUCAGGGGAGGAGCUAGUGAGGGUUCUGAGACUGUCGGAGUCCUGGAGCUCCAGCAGGGCCGUAGAGCCGUUGGGGAAAUCUGUGCAGUAGUGGCCGUCCACCACCAGAUUGGCAUUCCAGCUUCUCGACACCACUUUCACACUG